GUGGUGUUUGUGCUACUUAUAAAUGCAAGUGCUCAUUUCUAUAAAAAUUGAAUGUAAAAUUUACAAUAUAAUUUGAUAUAAAAGUUUCCAUUUAAGCAAUUUAUUAAUUUUACACAUUUAAAAAACCACUGAAGUACCAUAUUCUAAAUUCUAAUUUGAUUUUAAUUAUCCAAUAAUUUAAAUUUUAGAUUUAUACAAGAAUAAAAAAUUGAAUAUACUUAAUAUUAGCGAUUAAACAUGUCUACAGUCGAAAAUUUGAAUAAAGAGAUAAAAAUUUCGCAAAAACAAAAACGAAAAGUAUUUUGUGAUUAUGUAAAAGGUGCAUUAUUAAAAACUUUUCUGUUAGUAAGAUAUUAUUUAGAUCUCUUGAUAGAUUAUAUAUUUGGUUAUUUUAACGAUUAUAAAAGAGUACCAAUAAAAAAAUGCACAAAUCCUAUAAUACUCCAAAGUGCCACAGCACUUGCAAGAAAAAUUAAAAAAAGGGAAUUAACAUCUGAAGAAGUGGUUCAAGCAUAUAUUGAUAGAAUCAAAGAAGUAAAUCCAAUUUUAAAUGCUCUUGUAGACUCUAGAUAUGAAGCAGCUUUAGAAGAAGCUAGAAAAAUUGAUAAAGACAUUGCUAUUGGUAACAUACAAGAAGUUGAUUUUCAAGAAAAACCAUUUUUAGGUGUACCUUUUACCACUAAAGAAUCUAGUGCAGUCGAGGGGAUGUCAUUUACUUUUGGGAUAAUUAAAAGAAAAGGUCGUAAAGCUUUAUUUGAUGCAGAUUAUGUAGAUCUCAUUAAGAAAGCUGGUGCAAUUUGUUUAGGAACGACUUUUAGAACAGGAAACGAAGAUCAGACAAUUGUCGUAAUGGGGAUAUUAGCUAGAUACUCGGUAGAUAUAAUCCCCGUCCUUCGGACUCUAGUUGAUAUAAAUAUCGACAAGCUAAGAUUAGACGAAUUUGUUAAUGUUAAAAACCUAAAAAUUCUUUACACGUCUAACCCUGAUGAUAUAUCAAUCAGUCCUUCAAGACAAGAGAUGAUUGAAACUUUUUCACGAACCGGCCAAGAAACUGGUAGCACGAUGUUAAACACAGGGCCAAUGACAAGAUUUGCAGAAGACUUACUUCCCGUCCUUAAAGUUUUAGUUGGUGAAAACGGGAUAACAUUUAGAACCGGCCAAGAAGCUGGUAGCACGAUGGUAAACACAGGGCCAAUGACAAGAUUUGCAGAAGACUUACUUCCCGUCCUUAAAGUUUUAGUUGGUGAAAACGGUAAAAAACUGAAACUGAACGAUUCCAUAAAAGUCCAAAACAUUAAAAUUACCUAUAUUUUGAAUCCCAAAGAUUCCACUGUCAGUCCCUUUAGGGAUAGUUUGAAGGAUUGUGUAUUACGCGCGGUAAAUCAUUUUAAAGAAAUUUCAAAUACUCCUCCAGAAGAAGUGGAAUUUGAAGGUACAAAAUAUGCGGGAAAAUUAUGGAAAUAUUGGAUGAGUCAAGAAUCUGGAGUCAAUUUUAUGAAGGACAUUACUGACCGAACAGGAGAAGCAAGUCCUUUAAUUGACACUAUCAAGCAUUUCACUGUAGGAGGGGACUAUACAACUUCAACAAUCUACAAUUUUAUAAAUAAAAUGUUGCCAAUGCCUGAUGCAAGCUGGGCCGAAUCGGAAACUGAGAAAUUAAAACAACAAUUAUUGGAAAAGUUGGGAGACAACGGUGUCCUGUUAUACCCCUCAGCGCCGUUCCCAGCAAGUUACCAUCAUGCUUCUUAUUUGCGCCCAUGGAAUUUCCACUUUUUCGUAAUUUGGAAUGUACUUAAAUUUCCCGUAACGCAAGUACCUAUGGGACUAAGCAAGGAUGGUUUGCCCGUUGGUAUACAAGUAGUGGCAGCACCGUACCAGGACCAUCUAUGUAUAGCGGUAGCUAAAGAAUUAGAGAAGGCUUUUGGUGGUUAUGUGCCACCUUUUGAAACCGAAUAA